AUGGCGACGGAGAGGGGGAUGUCGUGGUCGUCGAGUGCUGCGUCCGCUCCCGGAUACCGUCGAGCUGCAGGAAGGAGGGGGGAGGAGUCGCGCUCGCCGGUGCGCUACCGCGAGAAUCCAAUGUGCCACUGCAAUCCUCCGAGGAAGGCGCCAAGAUGGAUCUCCUGGAGCCGGCAGAACCCUGGCAGGAGGUACUAUUGCUGCGUGGAUGCUAUGCAUGGUGGUUGUGGAUUUGUGGAGUGGCAUGAUGAUCCUUUGCCGAAAUUUUGGAGUGAGCUGAUUGGGGAUCUGCGUGAUGAAGUCUGGAGGCUUAAAGGCGCUGCAACCGUUGCUCGAUCUGAAGGUCAAUUUGCAAUGGUAGCUCCUAGUGAAGAUCAAGCCACAAGGGAGGCCACGGUUCUGUCUCUGCUAGAUCAACUGAGAGAGAAGAAUGAAGAGAUAGCUGGGAUUAGGGCCAAAUAUCAUAAUGUGGUGUUUCUUUUUACUAUAUUUGUGCUUGGUUUAGUUGCAAGAAAGAUGUUAAGUUAG